AUGCCUCUCUCUAAAGGAGGCCUUGGCAUUGCCUCCUUACAUGCUCUCAGAUCUGCUUACAAUUGUGAUACAAUUCUCAGGAUUUAUAAUGUAGACUCUCAACUUUCUAGAUGGAUCAAAAUUAGAUACUCUUCGCCUUGGAAGCCUCCUCCUAGACACAGCACAGCUUUUUGGAAAAGUCUGCACAACUCUGCUAUAUUGUUUAAAAGCAAUUUCACAUUUAAUGUCCUGGCUAAAAGUUCCAUUAAUAUCCUUUGGGAUCCUUGGUGUUCCAACUGCUCUAUCCUGGAUUCUUUUCCUGACUUUGAUUUCGGUUCUAUCAUUCAGGAUAAUGCUUGUCUUGCUAAUUGGAUGGUUGGAUCCUCUUGGUCUCUUCCGACCUCUAUUAAUUCCCAAAUUCUGGAGUUCUUUAGUUCGGUCCCUAUAUCCACUGGAACUAGCAAACAUUUAUCCUGGGAAAACAAUGAAAAUGCUUCAUUCAAAGACUUUUAUAAAGAAUAUUUUUCCUAUGAGAACGAUGUUGACUGGGCAAAUCUGGUGUGGCACAAAAAGCAUUCUCUUAGACAUUCAGUUUACUCCUGGAUGGCUCUAUCUAAUGGUCUUAAGACUUCGGUUGCCUUGACUGCGAGAAAUAUUGAUGUGGGGAAUACUGCUUGCUCCUUUUGUCAAACUCAUCCAGAAUCAACGCCACAUCUAUUAUUUGAAUGUGAUUAUUCUUUCCAAGUUAUUUGUAGGCUUAUUCCUCAAUUCUCUAGCUUUCUCUUUAGACCAAACUUAGCUCAAGCCUUUCAGUUUAUUACUGGGUUGAAUUUUACUAGGGAGGUUAAGAAUGGUCUGUUGCUGAUUUUAAAUAAUGCUGUAUACUCCUUGUGGGCUGAACGAAACUCUAGGAAACAUAAUGGGAGGAUGGCUUGUGCCGUUACACUUGCUAAGAGAAUUUUCAGAACUGUUUACCUGAAAUUAGAUAGCUGGAAAUGUGGAAAUUUGAUAAAAGAAAAACUAAUGGUCUCCUACCAUUAA